CCUGAAGGGGUUCCUGCGUUUCCACAGGGAUGCUGGUGAGCUGCAACCACAGAGGGAAGGAAGAUGGAAAGAAAUGCUUCUGCGGAAGGGAACUAGCUUAAUGGAAGCUUUGAAAACUUCACCUCGUCGCACGCCAUGUCCGAAAGUUCCUCAGGUCUGAACACCAGCUGUCUUCGAUUCAGUGCCUCCCAUUCACCUCCCUGCUCGGAUCUAAGUGAUCCAGAAAUCCCUUUGUCGGUGCUAUCCUCAAGGAACAGAGAGCUCCUCCAACACAGCUGCGAUUCUGGCAUUGCCUCUCCAGUAAGCAUUCUGGUUCUGGGGUCAGUGGAAAGAAGCCCAAGUUGAUGCUUCCAUCAGAUUCGGUCAAAUAUCUUACCUGGCACGAAUUAGAAGAACAUGAUGUUCAAGGGAGUCAAAUCCGCUGCCCCCGAGUGAGAGAAGGGCCUUCUGCUGAAAACCGGUUUUGUAGAGGAAAACAUCACAUUCACUGUGCAAGAAAGCAAGUGAAAGAACAAGAGAAGUGGGGAAAAAGGCUGCAGGAGAACUGGGAAGAUUGUAUGAGUUUAAACCUUUCAUAUCAGGAUCUGGGUGACCUUUACCAGGUAGAAAAUUUUAAAAGGAUCCUCCGGCGAUUGAUCCGAGUAGAGAGGCUUUGGCUCGUAGACAACUCAUUGGGGGACCUAAGUGCCAUAUGCUUGCCAAGAUGCAAAGAAUUGAAACUCAACAAAAAUCAUUUUACAUCCUUCCGACAGCUGCCAAAGAUACCUGCAAUUCAACACCUGUCCCUAGAAGAAAACAAUAUUGAAAGUCUACAUGGGUUAUCAGGCCUAAGAAACUCUCCACUAGAAUCUCUUGUUCUUCAGAGGAACCCCUGUGAGUUUCAUGAAAACUACAGGCAGCUCGUGUUCUCCAAAUUGCCAAACCUGAAGAUGCUGGAUGGGAUUCCAAAACUGCCAGAGGACCGUCCUCCACACACCAGUUUUUUGUCUAAAACGUGCACCAUACUAUAGCGCUACAUUUUGUGAUGGAAUCAAAGGACUUGUCUUGCUGAAUGGAAUA